GUCUUGCCUGGGGAGCGGGCCGGUUGCUGCAGUUCCGCGCCGGGGGCCGAGGCGGGCCUGGCCGUCCCGCCCUUGGCGUUUCCGGGAAGACAGACCGUUUUACCUGUGGCCGGCGAGGGUCCCACUUAGUGAAGGACAUCCUCGGCCUUCUUUGUGAGCCCGCCAAUUAAGAUGUCGUGGGUAGCCGUCCCAAGUCGCAGUUUGGCGUUUUCGGUCUCCAGGUUUGGUAGACCCCAUGCUGUGUCUGGUUGUGUGAGGAGGGCGCCACUGUCUACAGUGAAUCUUAAAGGAGAAAUCUGGAAAUGAGCCCCUUUAUUCAUAAAUUCAUCAAGCAGUCCCCUCACUGUGCCAGGGUACUGUUGAAUAAUGAGCUUAAAUUACAGCCCUUGCUUCCGGACAGCACACUGAAAACCAUGGUACUGAGCAGUGCUAAGUUGGCUGCAGAGAUGCUCAAGUUGGUCUCCAAGCACAGAGGUAAAGGCGAGAGCUUGUGGACAAGUGUAUAGGAUCAAGAAUUCACAUCGUGAUGAAGAGUGAUAAAGAAAUUGUCGGGACACUUCUAGGAUUUGAUGACUUUGUCAAUAUGGUGUUGGAAGAUGUCACAGAGUUUGAAAUUACACCAGAAGGAAGAAGGAUUACAAAAUUAGAUCAGAUUUUACUAAAUGGAAAUAAUAUAACGAUGCUGGUUCCUGGAGGAGAAGGGCCUGAAGUAUGAGUGGAUUUCCUUGACUUAUUCUGGCUUUUAAAAACCUUUAUCGUUUGGAUUCUAUAAAAUGAAGUUUCCGUUAAAAGGAAAUACUUUGAAGAUAUACACCCAUUUUUCUAAGCUAAUCAUGGUUAUUUUGGGAAAGGAAUAGUUGUUUUGUUUUUUUAAAGACUUAAAAAAAUAAAAAUGUUUUUGGUUAA